AUGUUCAGAGCAACUUUCUUGCCGAGAAUCGUGACGCGUGCAUUGCCCACUCCAAGAUUUGCCGUUUCUGGCGUCCCAAAAGUGUCAUUUACACCCAUACGGUUCCACGGUCAUGUGCAUAAGCCUAAGGUGGGUGAGGAAUUGAACGUCACAUUCAUUUUGAAGGAUGGAACACAGCGAAAAUACGAAGUUUGUGCAGGAGACUCGCUUCUGGACAUUGCUCAGGCUCAUAACUUGGACAUGGAAGGUGCUUGUGGUGGAUCUUGUGCUUGUUCCACAUGUCACGUGAUCGUCGAUCCAGAAUACUAUGAUGCUUUGGAAGAGCCCGAUGACGAUGAGAAUGACAUGCUGGAUCUGGCUUAUGGCUUAACAGAAACCAGUCGGCUGGGUUGUCAGAUCAAAAUGAGCAAAGACAUCGAUGGAAUCCGCGUGGCUCUACCAGCGAUGACCCGCAACGUCAGCAGCUCCGAUUUUGAAUGA